GCUAUAAUAGAAUUGUGUUAUGAUAAAACGUACUGUUUGAAUCUUAUACCGAACAGCAUUUUUCUUGCUCCGUUUUGGAACAUUGCCCUCUUUUUUUCUUUUAACAAAUACGCAAAACAGCCAUGCCUAAAAGGAGCAAAGCAAACACUGAUGCUGAGGCAGCAGAGCCCAAGAGGAGAUCUGAGCGAUUGGUAAAUAAACCAGCCCCUCCAAAGGCAGAGCCCAAGCCAAAGAAGGAGAAGGCAGUACCCAAGCCCAAGAAGGCUAAGGAGGUGAAGAAGGCUGCACCUGAGGAGAAGGAGGCGCCUGCAAAGAAUGGCGAAGAGGAACCAGCCACAGAAGAACCUGAACAGAAAGAAGAUGCGGCAGAAUAACAUCUCUCAAACCACAUCUUUUAUCACUGCUCCCUAUUCCUCUUUCUUGUACAAUUCAGGGGAAUAUUUUUAUUGACUAUUUUCUAAAUGCAAGUGUUUUAGUAGUUUGAUUGUAGAAACACAUUUUUUUAUGGAACAAAUACAUUUGGAGACGGAUUUCAUCACAUCCCACAUUUUUACAUCUCUGGAACAAUUACGGU